AUGGAAGCCGGAGAAACCUUCGAUCAGUACAAGAUUGGGUGGAUUUGCGCUCUGCAAGAGGAGUAUGAAGCCGCAUGCCGCAUGCUCGACGAAGAGUUCGACGGUCCAGAGCUGGCGGAAGACAAUGACAUCAAUACAUAUGCGUUCGGGUGUAUAGGACAACACAAAGUCGCUAUUGUCUGUCUUCCCGCUCGUCGAUAUGGAACUUGUUCGGCAGCCCGCGUUGGUCGAGACUUGUUUCGAACAUUCCCUAACCUGCGCUAUACAUUGAUGGUUGGCAUUGGAGGCGGCGCGCCGACUAUGGAAAAUGAUGUUCGACUUGGCGAUGUCGUUGUCAGCUCGCCACGAGAUGGAUUUGAGAGCGUGAUUCACCAUGACGCCGGCAUAAUGUUGCAUGGCGGUCGGUUUCAAAGAACGGGGAAGUUGAAUGCGCCACCCCAGCAGCUCUUUCGUGUUGCUUUGGAGAUGAAAAGACUAUACGACAAUCCGUUGAACCCGGACAGCAUCUUGGAGCACAUCGGACGUAUGGAUGACAUGCCAGAAUUCGGCCGACCAGAACUCGAUCGGCUAUACAGAGCUGACUACCUGCAUGUCUCUAGCAAAAAGACAUGCAAGUUAUGUGACCCUAAGCAAGCGGUUGAGCGCCCUGCACGUCAUACGAGUCGCAUUACAACGGUCCACCACGGGGCUAUUGCAUCCGGGGACUCUGUGAUGAAGUGCCCUGCAAUUCGUGAUGAGUUUGCAAAUGAUCCGGGUCUUAACAUUCUGUGUUUCGAGAUGGAAGCGGCAGGGUUGAUGAACGAUCUUAAAUGCCUUGCCAUCCGCGGAAUUUGUGACUAUUGUGAUUCGCACAAGAAUGACGAUUGGCAUAAUUAUGCCGCGUUGACAGCUGCAGCAUAUGCAAGAGAGCUGUUGCUUCUCUUGAAGCCUGAAAGCGUUUAA